AUUGUGAAAAUAGUAGAGUUUAUAAUACAACAAGUAUUCAUUUUAUACGAAUUUCUUAUUCAUCACUUUUUUUUCGAGUUAAUGUAAUCGUUUUUCAGUUUAUAAUUAUAAUGAGAUAUAUUCACCUGAUUGGCUUUUUGCAAUGCAUUUCGCUUUUAAAAGUAGUAUCAAAUCAAAACAAGUCUACUAUAUUCUCAAAGUUACGUAAUUUAAUGAAACCAUCGGAAUUGAGCUUGAAUGAGAAUGAACUGUGUACUCGACUAAUGAAAAAGGAAAAUAAACCGUCUGAAUGUUUGGAGUCAUUUGAAGAGAGAGUCAAAUUCAAAAUUUCUUCAUUAAUAGUGAAGUAUCCAUCAAAAUGCCUAAAGGAAAAAAAUUCAUACAAUAUAAUCAAAGAAAACCUUGACAUGAUAAAUCAUUAUUUUCAACCAGUAGAUUUAAUAUGGCGAAAAAAUAAAUGCGUAGAACUACAAUUAAUAUAUAAAAAAUUACUUAAAAUUUUUGUGCCUCAUAAAAAUCAAAAGUUGACAAUUCCAAUUAUAGAAGAAUCAGAACAAUUUGAUAAUGAUGCAAACGGUUUCUUUAAGGCUUUAUCAUUUGUUCUUAGUGGAUCUAAACAUAAUUAUACACAAUUGAAAUCGAAGGUUCUACAGGAAGUUAAGCAAAAUGAAAAUAUUUCCAAAUGUAUGGGAGAAGAUAACAAAAAAGAAUAUCUGAAGCAAAUGGAUAAUGACAGUGUCAUUCUAAAUGAUAUUGAUAUGUUAUCUGCCGCUCAUGUUUUGAACACUUGUAUAUACAUUUAUUAUGCAGACAGUAAUUUGUGGAUGUUUUUCCGACCAGGCUGGCCUAACUAUUCAAAACUUGAUAUGAAAGAAGAAAAAUGUAUAUACUUAGCAAUAGAAAAACAAUCAAUUUUUGUUGUCAAUUAUGUAUUUUAAUGAAUAAAUUGAUAAAAUAAUGUUUA